ACCUUACCGCCUCUCGGCGCGCCCAUCCGUCCCUGCAGCCAGACAUUGCCGCUUCGCGACCAAUCUCGGCUCGCCCCCGCGAGCCCUUCCCGCUCCCAUGCUCCCGCUCCCGCCCCCACCGCCUCCGAGACGCCCAACCUCUCACCUCACACCGCGCGUCCCACAGCGUCUCGAGACAUGGCUCUCCCGUUCUUCGGCGGCGGCUACUCGUACGAGGACGUCGUCCCGCUGCCACCCUGCUCCGCCUUCACCAACGACGACCCCUGUGAGCCUCUGUACGGCAUCUUCAACCACACUUGCCUGGCGCCGCUCAACUGGUCGCUCAGUGCUAUCAACGGCAGCCUCUACCUCGUCGAGGACAACAGCUGCGGCGACACGCCCAUCGGGCUGGGCGUGGUCUUCCUGCUGCUCAUCGCCUUCUUUGCCUUCUCCGGCGGCGGCGGCGGCGCCAAGGCGCGGGACAUCAAAACCCCGCCUCCCGACAAAGCGUACAUAAACAAGGCCAAGAAGAAUGCGGCGGGCUCACUGGUCUGAGCCGGAGGCGCACGGCACUCGGGGGGGCGUGUGCUGGCCAGUGCGUGCUGCGCGCGCGCCCUCCACGCCGCGCGCCCUCCGCGCGCCCUCGCGCAUGGGGCUGUGUAUGGGGGCUGGACUCAACGGCGGGGACCGUCAUGCAACAUCGGUCAUCAGUCUGAGUAAUUUCAGCGCGCGUACCGCGCGCGCGUUGUCCGCACAUAUCUUCUCACACAUAUACACAUGUUAUAAUGCCAUGACUCGCGAGAAGUGGAGGCGAGGUUUUGCUGAAGUAGAAACUAGAAUUUGAUAAUAGAUUAAACAGUAUACGGCUACCAUGCACUACCAAGCCCGCCGCCUGGCCACUCAGACUACGCCGUACGCGCUACUAGUCCUCCGGCGGCUGCUCCAGCACCAGGCCUGGGCGCUGGGGCGUGGGGGGCCACCUGGGCGCUUGCCUGUGGCUGUGGCUGUGCCUCUUGUCGGUGCCUCUUGUCACGGCCGGCGUCAGGGGUCGGUGGGUCGCGCGGGUCGUCCUGAAGGCCAGCGGCUCCGAAGCCGCGGUCGUGGAGGCAGUCGCCGCAGACGCCGUCCACGCCAUCGUGGCCGGCGAGCCACCUUUGGAUGAUCGGCGUCGCGCGCACGAUCUCUCGCCGCGCGAUAGGCCCGUAGAGGUACCGGAAGAAGUUGCGCGCCAACUUGGGGGGCAGCACGAUCGGGGAGGAGUCCAGGGGGGCGCCGCUCACCUCCGGGUAGUCGAGUGCGAAGGCGAGCAGCCGCACUUUCCAUCCGGCGCGCACGCCCCACGCCGUGUUUUCGAUGGUGGUGAAGGUGCCGGAGGUGACGUGCGAGCCGCGGUACGAGUCCUGCUGCGCGCCCUCGACCUGCUGGCGGAUCUCGUCCUGGAGGGCGCCGCCGGUGAUCUCGGCGAGCUCCUCGGCGCCGUCCUUGAGCUGGUGCGCCAUUGGUACGAGGUCGACCGUGCCGAGCGGGCCGGGCAGAUCCACCUCGAGGGUCGAGGGCAGGUCGGCCGCGG